GGAAGAUGGGGAAGCUGAGCGCUUUCACUCUGACGUUCUCCAAGCCGGAGAGGGUGUAUACAGCGGGCGAACUCAUAGCUGGGAACGUUGUAGUUCAGCUUAACGAAAAGAUGCGAAUGAGAGGUAUCCUGAUUUCCUUCAAAGGAAACAGCCUCGUUAAGUUUGAAAAGAAGACGUCAGAAUCAACCGACACCUAUAAAGCAAAUGAAGACUACUUGGACCACACGUAUACUUUAUUUAAACUAGCUGAUGGUACCAAAUAUCUGCACCAAGGCGAGCACCGAUUCAGCUUUCAGUUUCAGUUGCCACCCGCACUACCCGGUACCUUCGAAGGGGAAUUUGGAUAUGUCAGAUAUUACGUCAAAUGUAGGAUAGACAGGCCAUGGAAGUUUGAUCAUUGUGUGAAAGAGGCCUUCAGUGUUCUAGGCAAGCUGGAUCUUAAUUCUGAACCGGGUGCGGAUAUGCCACAGCACCUGGAAGAUUCGAAGAAUUCGUAUAACUGCUGUUGUGUGGAGGACGGUGCUGCAAAAUUAACCCUAAACAUACCCCGAACAGGCUACGUGCCAGGAGAGUCCAUCCCUAUCACGGCAGAGGUGUCCAGCAGCGUGCCAGAGAUACUCACCUUAACAGUGGAACUUAGACAGUAUCUCACUUUUAAAGCUGGGAGUCAUACAAAAGAGUUGCGGAAUGUCGUAUCACAAUUCGAGCCGGUGAAAAUAGCCGGUGACUAUUUUGCCAACCAGCAACCACUCCACAUCCCGGCCAUCCCACCUUCACGGCUUGAUGGAUGUGACAUCAUAGAUGUCCAGUAUGCGCUCAAGGUAAAAGCGAUUGCAGGCUGGUUCGAGGUAAAGUGUAAAGGAAAAAUCAUUAUUGGAACUAUCCCUCUCCGUUCAGUGGUGGAUGCUUACAGAACUCCGCCUAUGCCAGAUUUAAACAGCAUUGCGUUGGAACCCAGUGCACCUCCCGGUCCAUUUCCACCAGCAGUGCAUUCUCCACAACCGCCCCCAAAUGCUGCAGCGUUUGAGAUGCCACCCCCGUCGUAUGAAGAGUGUGUUUUUGGAACCACAAAUAUUCGGGACACUGACGACACGGACUUCACUUUCGGUUCUGCGACUUACGCGCCCAAAUACACGUACUACAAAUGGACUUAAACCCGAUCGGAGAUACUGGCCUUAUAUACAUCUGGCCUUAUAUACAUCUGGCCUUAUAUACAACUGGCAUCAUUUUGAAUUCACUGGUUCACUGGUUUUGGACCUUCUCAAAAUAAGAUUUGCACUUGCGGAAUCAUCAGUUCUUUUUUUAAAUUUAUUUACAAGUAUUUGUUUGCAUUAUUUUAAAAUUCAUAUUGUGUUGUAAUUGUGAAUUUUGCUGUCGCCUUCAUUGAAAUGAGAUCUGAUCCUGAUAUUAGGGCACUUCUGCUGCUUCACAUAUGGGCGAGAAAUGCUUAUGUAUUGGAGGGAUUUUGCCGAUACGACAUCGCUUGUGUGGUCUCUCUGGCGUAUAUCCCUCGUACACGGGACUUUCAUGUGUGCAGUGUUUAAGUCUGCCACGGUGGUUGUUGACAGUUACGUAAUUUACAGUGUACUCCGAGUAUCUGUAUUAUAGUUACCCUUUCAGUUGUCACCACGUACAAGGUGCGUCUAGUGUCAAGUCUUCCCAGUUUAACUAAUGCAAGGCUGACAUCAGUGGUGAUAAAUAUCAUGACCCAGUUAUCGUUCCAAAAACAUGUAGUUUAAGCAAUGCUAAGGUAAAUGUUAAGGGUAACAUCUUAAGAAAUGCGGCAUGAAUGACCAGGCUUUUGUACACAUGUAGGAGGUGUUAUGUGCACGACUGCCGUCAGUUUCUAAAAAUAGCUUGCCACUGCUUACAUAUGCUAAGUUCAGGGAGUGCUGUCUGCCUCUACCUUAGAAUAUUCUAGAAUGCGCGCAGUUUGUUUACAUCAAGUGUUCAGGAAUUUUCUUAUUCUGCACAAUCCCACCAGGCUAUAUAAGACCUAUGAAAGCACGUCAAGAGGAGAGAACAGAGAACGGAGAGAAAGGAGAAUUAUUGAGAGCUUGGAUGCUUUUGUUGUGUAUUACUUUAGUAGGCCAAUUGUGCUGAAUUUUGGUGUCUCUAUAGCCUCUGGCUUUGUUAUAUCCUAUCUCCACCGAGCACUUGUUCAGUCUGAACUUGUAUGUUUAAUUUGUGCUCUUGUAUACACAGUGCUUAUUAGUACACGGACCCUGUCUGUGGAAUUUUGUGUAUUUCGUCAUACACUCAGUUAUACUGUGGAUUUUCCCUCUGGUGAAUUUGCUUUAGUAUUUGUAUAGAUACUGCUAUCCUUUCUUGUUCAACUUAAGUACUUUAGUAUUUGUAUAAGUCUUAUUAUCUGUUCUUGUUAAGCUAAUAAAUUGUUGUAAAAUAA